UCCUCCUCCUCCUCCCGCUCCCGGGCUCGGCGGGGGCUGCAGCAGCUGCCGCCGCCGCCGCCGCCGCCGCCGGUUGCACCCCUCCUCGGCCACCCCGGCCCCCCUCGCGGGGUGGGGGGCUCAGCCGGGGAAGGAAAGCGUUAGCGAAGAAGAAGAAGAAGAGGCGGAUCGCCGGCGCCCUCCCCGACACAGACGACAGGCAGGCCGCGAGGAUGGUGUAACCUUGUCCCCCCCGCAGGUCGAGGGGAGGCCCGGACACUUGUUCCGUUGGGCCGCCGCUUCUCCCGCCCGCCCGUCCGUCCCGGCCGGGGCCGCCCAAGCCUCCGCGCCGCCCGGCACCAUGAGUGAACAGAGUAUCUGCCAAGCACGAGCUGCAGUGAUGGUCUACGAUGAUGCCAAUAAGAAGUGGGUGCCGGCUGGUGGCUCAACCGGAUUUAGCAGAGUUCACAUAUAUCACCAUACAGGCAACAACACAUUCAGAGUUGUGGGCAGAAAGAUUCAGGAUCAUCAGGUGGUGAUAAAUUGUGCCAUUCCUAAGGGGUUGAAGUACAAUCAAGCUACCCAGACCUUUCACCAGUGGCGAGAUGCUAGACAAGUGUAUGGUCUCAAUUUUGGCAGCAAAGAGGAUGCCAAUGUCUUCGCAAGUGCCAUGAUGCAUGCUUUAGAGGUGUUAAAUUCACAGGAAACAGCCCAGAGCAAGGUUACUGCUACCCAGGACAGCACUAAUUUGCGAUGUAUUUUCUGUGGUCCAACAUUGCCUCGACAAAGUUCGCAACUUCCUACUCAAGUGCAAAAUGGGCCAUCACAAGAAGAAUUGGAAAUACAACGAAGGCAGCUGCAGGAGCAGCAACGGCAGAAGGAACUGGAACGCGAAAGGUUGGAGCGUGAAAGAAUGGAACGGGAGAGGUUGGAGAGAGAGAGGUUAGAAAGGGAAAGGCUUGAGAGGGAGCGACUAGAACAAGAACAGCUGGAGAGAGAAAGGCAAGAAAGAGAGAGACAAGAACGCCUAGAACGAGAAAGGCAAGAGCGGGAGAGACUUGAACGAGAAAGGCAAGAAAGAGAACGACAAGAACAGUUGGAAAGAGAACAACUGGAAUGGGAAAGAGAGAGAAGAAUAUCAAAUGCUGCUACCCCUGCCUCUGUUGAGACCUCUCUAAGCUCUGGGCUGGGAGACUCCUCUGCUUCUGAGCCAGGCUUGCAGGCAGCCUCUCAGCCGAUCGAACCUCCGACCCAGCAGGGUGUUGCUUUGGGGCCACCUGCACCUCCACCCCCUCCACCUCUUCCUCCUGGUCCAUCCCAAGUUUCAACAGCCAUCCCACCUCCCCCAGGGCCACCUCCCCCACCACCCCUUCCAUGCUCAGGGCCACCCCCCCCCCCGCCACCCCCUCCCCUCCCCAGUCAGGUACCCACUCCCACUCCUCCUCCACCGCCUCCUGCUCCUCCUCUCCCUGCUUCUGGAUUUUCUAUGGGAUCUAUGUCAGAAGACAAUCGCCCCUUAACUGGACUUGCAGCUGCAAUUGCGGGAGCCAAACUUAGGAAAGUCUCGCGGAUUGAAGACAACUCGGUUCCAAGUGGUGGAAGUGCCCCUGGAGGAAGCUCAGCGUUGUCUAAAGCAGACACUGGUCGUGGAAAUGGACCCCUUCCCUUAGGAGGUAGUGGAUUAAUGGAGGAAAUGAGUGCCCUGCUGGCCAGGAGGAGAAGAAUUGCUGAAAAGGGAUCAUCUAUAGAACCAGAACAGAAAGAUGAUAAAACUGAAGAAUCAGAACCAUCUACUUCUAAGACCUCUUCAACAAGCACAUCUGAACCAACAAGAAAACCUUGGGAAAGAACUAAUACGAUGAAUGGCAGCAAGUCACCUGUUAUUUCCAGACGGGAUUCUCCAAGGAAAAAUCAGAUUGUUUUUGACAACAGGUCCUUUGAUUCAUUACACAGACCAAAAUCUACACCAUCUGGGCAACCCAGUGCCAAUGGAGUGCAAUCAGAAGGGAUAGACUAUGACAGAUUGAAGCAGGAUAUUUUAGAUGAAAUGAGAAAAGAAUUGACAAAACUAAAAGAAGAACUCAUUGAUGCAAUCAGGCAGGAACUGAGCAAGUCGAAUACUGCAUAGAAAGACUAGAACUAAGAAGAUGUGACUUUGACCGGAUUAAAAAAACAACAAUGUUUUGUGAGGAAAUGGGAGCUAGAGACUUUGAAGGAGGGAAAAUCAACAUAUUCUGAAAACCUUCAGACACAACACUUGGGUGAUAUGCUAUUUCCCUCCUAGUUUGCUGCUUUUUUCUGACCUUUACAGCAGGGUGGAAAAGAGUCUUAAAAGUUACUGUAAUGAUUAUGCAGAAAAUCCUAUAACUGUCUGAUGAGAUCACGGUGCAUUGAAUGUUCUCAUGUCCAAGAUAAAAUUGCACAUUUUUCCGAAUUCAUUGUUAAAACAAAAAAGGGAAAAGCUUAAGAAGGCUUUUCAGAGAGGUUUUCAGAGUUAAUGAAGGAUUUAGCAAGUUAACUGUUGUACUGCAAAUGUAUCUCAGGUUUGUCUUCCUAUCAUAUUGGAGGUUCCAUGAAUAAUGGUUAGACGUAUAGAUUUGGAUCAAAAGAUGGAACAAAUGGAGCUGUGUGUGCUUUAAAGGGCAGUAUUUGUAAGAAAGUAAUCUAGAAAUGACUUAUCCAACUUUGGAAAUUUUAUGAUGAUAGGAAGCCUCUCUAGUUAGCCUUCAUGCAAUUUCAUAGAUUAAUAGCAGCAGAUUCAGUCCACAGUUUAAAGAUGUAGAUGCCUUCCCAGAUUGUUACAAUGCUUUACCAAAUCGAAGACUUUGACAUAUUACAAAUCAGUGGUCAAAUUUAAACCAUUAGUAUGUUGUAGAUUUAUGGUAGGUUUUCAGGCUUUUUUUUUAGAUUUCUGCAUGUGGACAUUUUUGUAAUGUAACUCAACCAUGGCGGAAAUAGCU